CGAGGAGAAAGAACCCAUGACGAUCGACGUCGUUCUCCGCAGCGUGCCUCUCCACCUCACCGACGCCCAGCUGUGUGCUCUCCUCGGCGUCGAGACGGUCACCCGCUUCCGGCGCACGUCCGGCCCGUCCGAGAAGCAAAAUCCUCUCCACCUCGUGCGGGCGUGCUGCCGAAGCGAGAGUCAGGCGGAGCAGCUUCUGCUGCAGGGUCGCGUGAGUCUUGACGGGCAGGAGUGCGCCGUGGAGCGACCAAAGGCGGCCUCAGACAGCUCCGCACCCCGCGGCGCGUACCCGGCCUUCACGCCUUCGGACGAGGCGUGGCUUCUGCGGCACCACCGCGCCAAGGUCCUCAACUCUCCCGUCCCCGUGGUUGGCGUGGCGGCCCCCACUGCGGAAGGGGCCCCCCCCCCCCCCCCUCCCCCCGCGCGCGGUACGCCCGCGGUCCUCGUGUGCUAUCCGCUGCGCAUGACGGAGCGCUGCGGCGCCGGCGCCGACGGGACCCACGCGGCGCGGCGCUGCGCCGAGGGGACCCACGCGGCGCGGCGCGAGACGAGGGGCGGCUCGGCGAACAAGUGGAGAGGUGGGGCGCUGGCGGGCGGGCGGGGCUUAUGACGGAGCCUCCUCUGCUGAGGGUGUGAACGGCGUCUCUUCAUGGCUGCUGCUGUGAGCAGGCACCAUACACACCGUGGCGAGCGAGUGCGGUGUGAACGGCGUCUCUUCACGGCUGCAGCUGUGAGCAGGCACCAUACACACCGUCACGAGCGAGUGCGGUGUGAACGGCGCCUCUUCACGGCUGCAGCUGUGAGCAGGCACCAUACACACCGUGGCGAGCGAGUGCGGUGUGAACGGCGUCUCUUCACGGCUGCAGCUGUGAGCAGGCACCAUACACACCGUGGCGAGCGAGUGCGGUGUGAACGGCGCCUCUUCACGGCUGCAGCUGUGAGCAGGCGGGACCCGUGGCCGAACCUCUUCUGGCUAGUCGACCCGCGGCUCUUCCAGUGCGCCCGAGCGCUGCAGAACUUGCGGCGCUGGCGCGGCGGCCUCCUCUCUUCACGGCGAGGGGCGACACUAGGCCAGCCGUGGGCGGUGGAGGCGCUGCGGGACGCGGGCGUGGGCGGGCUGCGCUACACGUCCCAGGUCAAGUGCUUGCACGCGCACCUGGCGCACGCCUUGGCGGGCGGCGCAAACCCGGUGGGAGAGCGAGUGCUAAGGCUGGUGCGCGAGGGCGAGGGCGAGAAGCGGCAGUAGACUAGAGUGGCCAAAAGAGCUAAGGUGGCGCACAGACACAUAUAAAGGUGAAAAUGUGCA